AUGGCUCGGCUGGGCGCGCUGCUCCUGGCCGCCGCCCUGGGCGCGCUGCUCAGCUUUGCGCUGCUGGCCGCCGCCGUGGCCAGCGACUACUGGUACAUCCUGGACGUGGCGGACGCCGGCAACCGCACGGGGCGCGCCGGACAGCUCUCCUCACGCUCGGGGCUCUGGCGCAUCUGCGAAAGGCAGAACAACUGCAUCCCCCUGAUUGACCCCUUUGCCAGGGAGAGCCUGGACGUCUCCACCUCGGUGUGACACCUCAUCUUGCUGCACCGAGCUGUCAUGGUGGUUCUGCCCCUGAGCCUCGUCCUCUUGUGUGGCUGGAUCUGUGGCCUCCUCAGCUCCCAGAGCGUCCCCCUGCUGCUUUUCACUGGCUGCUACUUCUUGCUGGGGGGCACAUUUGUCUGCACCAUCCUGCGGGCUGGCUCUGGCUACUAUCCUCUGAUGCCACCUGUGCCCCCACCCAGGACAGGGACCUCUAUUGCUCGCCUUAGGGGAAGCCAGCCGUCACACUUCAAAGAUGCCCACACGGAUAAGAACAGAGACCCCCUGCCAACAGCCGGCACCAACAUGCCAUGUGAGCGAGCCUCCUUGGAAGAGGAUUAUUCAGGUGAUGCCGCCCUAGCUGAGGUCUUGACUGCAACUUCAUGA